AUGAUUUGGGAUAUUCUGAUACGAACUUUAAAUACACAUGUGUCUAAUUUGGAAAGUGGUACACAUGUCAGUGACCAAAUACCCUUCGGAACAUAUCAUAUUGAAGCAGGAUGUAGGGGUGAUAAUUCUAAUGCAUUAGAUUUCUUUCAUAUUAUAUUAUCUGCACAUGAUAAUAAUACUUCUAGCACGACACCAGAAGAGUUUGACAUAGUAAAUAGCAAGUAUAUACGAGUUUCUACAGUACUCCUGUUAAUAAUUGGAAUAAUAACCCUUUUCUUCUGUUAUUAUAAUGUAAAAGUUUUUCUAUUUUAUUACAUAAAUAAUUCAUGUAAUAUUAUGCACGAGUUAUAUAUUUAUCAAUUCCACAUUAGCUUACCCUCCGAAUAUUAUAUGAGCAAUAUGGGAAGUAGACGAAAGAAAUAUAAACACGAAGUAAAUAAAAGAUGUACACGCAAAUUUUCAUCCCAUGAUUUAGAAGACUUUUUUAUAAAUUCUAAAAGAAGACAAGAUUAUUUCGCUUACAGUUCAAUAUGA